AUGCCCGCCUUCCGCGAUGACGCAAGACUCCUCGCGCGAAACGGGUUCCGCAAUUUCGCUGCAGCGCGCGAGACCUCCGGACCCGGAGAGUGCUCCACGAGGGGCCCCAGAUGGCCCCCGACGGUUUCCGCAGAGCUCCGAGAGCAGCCUGCCGAUGGCCUCGGCUGGCCGCCGAAGGCCGCCUUCCAGCUGCCCCUCCUGCCGGGCGGCGGCCCGCCGCCGCCGCGCGGCGCGCCGCAGCGCCCCGGUCCGCGCGGCGCGCUGGUGGGCCGCGCGGCGGAGCGGAAGGCGUACAUCGCGGCAGUCGAGGUGAGCGUCAAGGAAGGGUUCGACAUGGCGUUCGCGGAUGCCUCCCUUCAGAAUUGCAGAUACUCCUUCCGGGAGCCAGGCAACCUGCGCUUCGACCUGCUGGUGGACCAGGACGACCUUAACAAGUUCAUGCUGCUGGAGGUGUACGACAGCGCGGAGGGCCCGGUGGCCCACAAGGCCACGGCGCACUACAACGAGUGGCGCGAGGCUGUGGCAGACUGGAUGGCCGAGCCGAGGUCGGCCACCCAGUGGGACGUCGUGUUCCCCGAGGAGGCUUCGGAUUUGGAGCCGAAGUGCUUGGUUGUCGAGCGGCCGUACGGCAAUGAGAUUUUCACUGUGCUGGUCGAGCGCCUCGAGAUCAUACCAGGUUCGGAUGUCAUGUUCCAGAAGUUCUCCUCCGAGUACGCUCGAACUACCCGAAAUAGAGAAGACGGCUGCCUUCGGGCCGACUUGUGGAGGAACGUAGACGAUCCCAACAAGUUUUUAAUCCUGCGCGCGUAUCGCACUCCCGACGUUAUUAAGAAACACAAGAGCACCGGGCACUAUAUUAAGUGGCGCCGGGACGUGGGAAGCUACAUUAAGGACGGCGCCCCCGUGGGAAACUUCAAGACGUAUGGUGCAAUUUUCCCCACUUCGCCCGCUGCGUGGUCUACUCCCAGGGAUGACUGAGCUGCGUUUAGGCAGAGCUCCCAGCGUGUGCCCGACCCUGUGGCAUUUUUUGGAAGUGUGUGGACGUUGCCAGAAGAAA